AUGCCUGUAGAAAAUGACGGAAAUUUCAGAGCGUUACUUCGUUAUGCCCUUGACAGCGGUGAUCAAGGUUUGGCCAAUCAUUUAAAUACUGCUGGUGCUAAUUCAACAUAUUUAAGCUUUCGCAUUCAAAAUGAAAUAAUUGAUGCAGCAGGGACACUAAUAAAGUCGAAUAUUGUGCAACGUGUAAACAAAUCUGGAUAUUUUCCUGUCAUUGCUGAUGAAAGUACGGAUGUGAGUGGUAUUGAACAGUUUUCAAUAUGCGCUCGAUUUGUCGAUAAAACUGACGAAUACAAAAUUCGAGAAGACUUUUUGUGCUUUAUUCCUGUUGAGACGUUACCGGAAUGGGGCUUGCAAAUACGAUGGAGAACAUUGGCAUAA